UCACGACAAAGUCAACAACAGUUUGAUGUGGGAGAAGACUUUCACAGACACCACAGAUAGAUCGGAUCUUUUUUUUUUUCCACCCAGAGGAGAAACGAUUUUUUUGGAGGAUAAUUGUGUUUAUUUUUGCUUUAAAAGCUCACCUCGGACUUGAUCGGAAUUUAUACACGCUGGGUCAAUGUCAAAAGAGGUCAAGCCAGUGAGCAUGUCUAUGCAUCCUCUGGGAGGAAGAACAGAGGUCACCUCCGACCAAGAGCCCUUGUGCGUUUUUGGGACGGGAGACAUGGGACGCUCUCUGGGCCAGCGCCUGCUGCAGACGGGCUACAAGGUCACGUACGGGAGCCGCAGACCUCACGGCUGCGGCCCCGUGCCUCAAGGAGCUCAGGUGAUGAGCUAUGCAGACGCGGCCCACUCGGCCAACGUGGUCUUCGUGUGUGUACACAGGGAACAUUAUGGCAUCAUGGAGAAACUCGCCUCACAACUGAAGGGGAAGGUGCUGGUGGAUGUCAGCAACAACCCUGAGCAGAAUCUGUAUCCGGAGGCCAACGCUGCAUAUCUGCAGAGACUACUUCCUGGAUCUCAUGUGGUGAAAGCUUUUAACACCUUGUCUGCUUGGGCCAUUCAGAAUGGGCCCGCCGACGCUUGUAGACAGGUCUACUUGUGCGGCAACGGCGCAGAGGCCAAGCAGGCUGUCUCCGAGGUGGCCACCAAGAUGGGCUUGACAGUUUUGGACAGGGGGUCUCUGUCAUCAGCCCAGGAACUGGAGGACUUCCCCCUUCAGCUCUUCCCCGAGUGGAAGCUGCCACUCCAAAUUGCUGUCGCCCUUACCGCCAUUUUCUUCUUCUACGUGCUCAUCAGAGAUGUCGUUUACGCUUACGUGGUUCAGGGCAAAGACAUCUCCUUCAGAAUCAUGGUGUCAUUAGCCAACAGGGUGUUUCCAAUUGUGUCGCUCAUCAUGUUAGCGUUGUGCUACCUGCCUGGUGUCAUGGCUGCUUUUCUUCAGCUCUACAGAGGGACCAAGUACAAGCGCUUCCCUAAUUGGCUGGACCGCUGGAUGCUGUGUAGGAAGCAGCUGGGACUGUUGGCGCUCGCAUUCGCCUUUUUACAUGUGCUCUACACUCUGGUCAUCCCGAUAAGAUACUACGUAAGAUUCAGCGGAUGGGAAUACGUUAUCACACAGAUCAAGGAGAACCAAACGAUUAAAUUCGAUACAACCGUGGCCUGGCGGAGUGACUCCUACUUAUCCGUAGGCAUUUUGGGAUUUGCCUUGUACCUUCUGCUGGGAAUUACAUCCUUGCCUUCCGUUAGCAACGCGCUCAGCUGGAGAGAAUUCAGCUUUGUGCAGUCAAAGCUGGGCCACGUGACUUUGUUCCUGUGUACCCUUCACACUUACCUGUACGGCUGGGACAGGUUUUUGCGGGCCUCCACUUACAAGUGGUACACACCUCCAGGGUUCAUGCUCAGCCUGGUGGUACCGUCGGUGGUGCUGGGGCUAAAGCUGCUGAUCCUCCUGCCUUGCGUGGACCGGCGCGUCACUCGGAUCCGACGGGGCUGGGAGAGGAAGGAACAUGAUGAGGAGAAAACACUUCUAACAUAGAUGUUGAUUGGAAUUAACAGGCAUUACUUUGAUAACAGAUUGAGCUCCUGGCUAAUUUGUUGGAGGGGCAAGUGGGGCAGUGCCCCACCAGUUCCUGCUGAUUGCACUUGGCUGACUGUUUUUUUCGUAUGUAUUCAGUUGUGAAUUAUGUUUGUGCAGAUAAAAUCAUGAUUUAAUUUUAAAGUAGAUUAAACUGAUAGACUUCA